AAACAAAUAAAUUGUAAAAUAGUAAUACUAAACGUUUAAAAAAUAUAUUAAUAUUAUUAAUAAUAAUUAAUAAUUAUAAUACUAUACAUAAUUUAUUAUUGAAUUAUACUGCUGUGAUUAAUUUUUUUCUCAACUUAACGUGCUAAAUUGAAUGUGAAUACGUAGUGAUCAACAAUAUAUAUUAUACACUGUAUAAUUAAUAAUUACAGAUGUUUUAUACUAACGUAGAUGAGAACUGUUCUAAUGAUAAUAUUAGUCAAAAUGUUUCCGUCAAACUAUAUGAAACUGAGUGGAGAUACUUAUUCAAUAUCACCAACACUAAUGAACUACGGACCACUGCUAUUAAAGCUAAAUUGCGGACAUCUAGAUUUAGAAGUCUGUGUUGGCGUCUUUUACUGGAAAUACUACCACCAGAUUCAACUAAAUGGUUGAUGGCUAUUGAAAAAUAUCGGUCAUUGUAUGAACAAAUUAAAUCAACACAUGACAAUGAUCCUCAUGCACAGGAUUCUGGACCUGAUGACCCAUUGUCACAGCAUGAAGAUAGUAUUUGGAAACAAUAUUUUAAAGACAUUGAAUUAAAGAAAGUUAUUGAACAAGAUGUGGUUCGAACUUCCCCUGGAGUUGAAUUUUUUGGAACAGAAAAAAUUCGAAAAAUAAUGAUUGAUAUAUUGUUUUGUUAUUCAAGGGAACAUCCUGAUUUAUGCUAUAGACAAGGUAUGCAUGAAAUCCUUGCACCAUUAUUGUUUGUUCUCCAUUGUGAUCAUCAGGCAUUACUUCAUGUUUUGGAGCAAUCAUCUUCUGAUGUUAGUGAUUUGAUCAAGAAAAUCCUUGAUCCUGCUUAUUUAGAAGCAGAUGCGUAUUCCCUAUUUAAUAUUAUAAUGGAAGUAAUGAAGGAUUAUUAUAACAUAAAUGAUUUUAUUGUGUCUGCACCAAAACCAACUGAGCAUGUAAAGACAACUAGCUCUACAUCUAAUAGUGAAGUUGUUCAAAAACUUUCCAAAAUUCGUGAUACAAUGUUAACAAAACAUGACCCAGAACUAUAUGGGCAUUUAUUAGAUCUGGAUAUUUCAUUUACUACUUUUGGAGUACGUUGGCUAAGAUUAUUGUUUGGAGGAGAGUUUUCUUCGAUGGAUUUAUUAGUGUUAUGGGAUGCUAUUUUUGCUACAUCACCUCAAGACUUUGCAUUGGUUAAUCAUAUUUUUGUGGCUAUGUUGGUCCUUAUACGAAUUCAAUUACUUAAAAGUGAUAAUACGGACUGUUUAAAACAUUUAAUGAGAUAUCCACAUGUUGAUGUAAUGACUGUUAUUGAAUAUGCCUUGCAUAUGUUUGAUCCCAAGAUGUACAAGUUACCAUCUAUUAUAAAUUCUCUCAAACACGAUAAGAGUGAGAACAUAAAAUCUAAUGUUACAGAUCAUCAGCCUGAACGGCCAUCUAAACUUAAUACUUAUUUACCAAGGCCAACAAGAAAUUCAGCAGAUGACCUACUUGAAUUGUGUAGAAUUAAGUUAUUGCAGUAUCAUUCCAUUUUAAAUCCAGUUGUCCCUAUUCAAAAUAAAGAGGCAAGACAAGCAUUAACUGGAAUGCUAGAGUUGUGUGGAAUGCUUAAUUCGCGUCCAGGUAUCAUAGAAAUGGGUAAAGAUGUUGUGAGAAGCACAACAACCCCAAUUGAUACAUUGCUUACACCUGAAACACCAGAAGGAGGACCAUUGUUACCUCCUCCUGCUUCUGCCAUCACUAUGAAGGUAUUUCGUAAGACAGAAAAUUCAUCUGACUCACAAAUACAAGGAGCACCAACAAAAAAUCCAUUGAAACAAAUGAAACGCUUUUAAUGAGACGACGACAAUACUGCAGUUGGGAUAUAUGCUCCGCAGGAGAUUCGCAAAAUUAUCAGAGUUCACAAAAAGAGUCUCUAUAAUGACUUAAAAAUCAAGAGGGCAGUAAAAAUAAGAGUGCCUGUUCAUAAUAGUAGGUAUAAUCUACACCAAGAGAGAGAAUAAAGUCAAACUUACAUCCGCUGACACAAAUGAGCAGCGAAAUAUUUACCAUCUGGCUAAUAGCUUUAGUAAAAACAAAAUCAAUUUUAGUGAGAUACCGGUAUACGUUAAUCGGGCAGAUUUGCAGAGCGAUCACGCGCUGGCGGAAACUCGAAAGGACAAAAAAGUUCCAAACUGAAAAAUGACUUGAACAAAUGGAAAUCGCUCAAAAUACCACCAGAAAACUCUAAAUUUGAAAAAGCUUUGCGUAAAGACUGCUGUCGGCUCUUACAUGGACAUAAUUAUAGCCAGACAAAACAAAUGAGUGACUUCUGUUUGAUCGAAGGACGUCGUAGAACGAAAAUUGAAGAAGAAGAAUACGUAUUCUAGGACCGUCUUGUUCGUAUCCUUGUUUAAUCAGACUGACGCUAAAAACCUCACUAAUUGGCCACAUGUUCAUUAGCAGAUAUUUGAGUUCGUGUGCACGCAUUUUUCUUAUUUCCGAAAUUCAACUGAACUUUAAUACUUGAGACAAAACACGUUGUUUCAGAUGAGAGACGCGGAACAUACCGGCGAGGUUGAUUUAGAGUCCCCGUUACAGAUGUAGCAGAUGAAUUCGUUGAGAGCUCGCAAAGUAGACGACGAGACUUAUGAGACCUUGGUGCAAGGAGAGUCUUUGGCCGCGAAAAUGCCAUUUAAAACGCUAGGUAGUGAAAGGCCCGAGAUAUAUGCCGAAAAGGGGUGAAUAUUUUGGUUGCAGGUGAAUAGAUGACUGUGCAAAAA